AGGCGCUGUGAGGGGGGGGGGGGAAGCGCGGCGCGGACUCGCCCCUCACGCGGGCGGCGGGUCCUUGCCAGGCCGCGGCGGCCGCCUCUUCCUUCCUCCUCCUCCUCCUCCUCCUGCUCAGCGAGGGCGCCCCCAGCGGCUCCCGCCUCUCCUCGCCUCAGCCCGGCCGGGGAGGCGGGUGAGGCAAAGCGCGGGGAAGGCAGGCGGAGAGUCGCGGCGGCGGCUGGGCGGAGCGACUAGGCCCGAGUGGCGGGGAUAGCGGUGGCCGUGCGAAGGCAGUUGAGGCCUGCCUGCCCGCCCGCCCGCCCGCUUGGUCUGGGCGGCCGCCCGAGCCAGGCAAGAUGGCGGCGGUGGAGCUGGAGUGGGUGCCCGAGACGCUCUACAACACCGCCAUCUCGGCCGUGGUCGACAGCUACGGCCGGGCGCGCCGGAGAGACAUCCGCUCCUUGCCGGAGAACAUCCAAUUCGACGUCUAUUACAAGCUUUACCAACAAGGCCGACUCUGCCAGCUGGGUAGCGAAUUCUGCGAACUAGAAGUUUUUGCAAAGGUGCUUCGAGCUUUAGAUAAAAGGCAUCUCCUUCACCACUGCUUUCAGGCGCUGAUGGAUCACGGAGUAAAAGUCGCUUCCGUCUUGGCCUACUCAUUCAGCAGGAGGUGUUCCUACAUUGCAGAAUCGGAUGCUGCCGUAAAAGAAAAAGCGAUCCAGAUCGGGUUUGUCUUAGGGGGGUUCCUGUCUGAUGCUGGCUGGUACAGUGAUGCCGAGAAGGUGUUCCUUUCCUGCCUUCAGUUAUGUACCCUUCAUGAUGAGAUGCUCCACUGGUUUCGUGCCGUCGAAUGUUGCGUCAGGUUACUGCACGUCCGGAAUGGCAACUGUAAAUACCACUUGGGAGAAGAAACCUUCAAAUUAGCGCAGUCUUAUAUGGAAAAACUAGCAGAGCACGGCCAGCAAGCCAACAAAGCUGCACUCUACGGGGAGCUGUGUGCUCUGCUCUUUGCAAAGAGUCAUUACGAUGAGGCUUACAAAUGGUGUAUAGAAGCAAUGAAGGAGAUCUCGGUUGGCUUGCCUGUAAAAGUAGUAGUGGAUGUUUUACGACAAGCCUCAAAGGCUUGCGUUGUGAAACGUGAAUUUAAGAAAGCCGAGCAGUUGAUAAAACAUGCAGUGUACCUAGCACGGGAGCAUUUUGGAGCCAAACAUCCUAAAUAUUCGGACACUCUACUUGACUAUGGAUUUUAUUUACUCAACGUAGAUAACAUAUGCCAGUCAGUUGCAAUUUAUCAGACAGCCUUGGACAUCAGACAGUCGGUGUUUGGCGGCAAAAACAUCCAUGUAGCUACAGCCCAUGAAGAUCUGGCAUACUCUUCUUACGUUCACCAGUACAGUUCGGGAAAAUUUGAUAACGCACUAUUCCAUGCAGAACGUGCGAUUGGUAUCAUCACCCACAUUCUCCCAGAAGAUCACCUGCUCCUCGCCUCUUCCAAAAGAGUUAAAGCGCUUAUCCUGGAGGAGAUUGCAAUCGACUGCCACAAUAAGGAAACCGAGCAACGGCUACUCCAGGAAGCUCACGACUUGCACCUCUCCUCUCUCCAGCUGGCCAAGAAAGCGUUUGGGGAAUUCAACGUUCAGACAGCGAAACACUACGGCAAUCUUGGCCGACUUUAUCAGUCAAUGAGGAAAUUUAAGGAGGCGGAAGAAAUGCACAUCAAAGCAAUUCAGAUCAAGGAGCAGCUGCUUGGUCAAGAAGAUUACGAAGUCGCUCUUUCGGUGGGACACCUCGCCUCGCUCUACAACUAUGACAUGAAUCAGUACGAAAACGCUGAAAAGCUUUAUUUGAGAUCCAUCGCAAUUGGAAAAAAGCUUUUUGGGGAAGGUUACAGUGGACUAGAGUAUGACUACAGGGGCCUCAUUAAACUGUACAACUCCAUUGGCAACUACGAGAAAGUAUUUGAAUACCACAAUAUCUUAGCCAACUGGAACAGAUUGCGGGAUCGGCAGUUUUCAGUCACAGAUGCCCUGGAGGAUGUCAGCACCAGUCUUCAGUCAACUGAACAAGUCGUCCAGACUUUCCUGAUCUCUCAGACCGUCGAAGGACCCGUUUGCUAAGGAACUUGGUCAAUUUUACCAAUUCUUGUUUCCUUCUUGGUUUUCCCCUAAAUUUACACGGGAAAAGUCAUACUGUGAAAUUCGAAACCAUAUGUUUUUUUUUCCAACCCUCCUUUCCCGGAGCUGUUUUUAAAAAAACAACAACAAUAAUAAUAAUAAUUUGCAUUGAAACACUGGUCCAGUCCAUUAAAAAAAAUCCCAUUUUGGGGAUGAUGUCAACUUUUGAUGGAGUGACCAUAAGCCGGACGUGUACUAAAUGUGCGAGCAUAAGCACAGCAUAUUUUGUUCGGGUUCAAGGUGUGUGUCUGUGUGCGUGCACGCGCGCAUGUGUGUGUGGUUCACAAACACGUACACACAAGCAUGUGCGCGUGGGGGGAAAAUGAUCUCUAAUAAUCUUCUCUAAUUUUUUUUUUUUUUGUUCCAAAAAGCCACUUUACAAGAAAUUGCUGCAAAGACUAGAGAGAAAUAAAACCAUUUGACAGUUUUUAAAGAGUUGCAUUCUUAAUUGAGAAAAAAAGGGGGCCAGUCAUGUAAAAUGUGGAUUAUUUCCUUUCUUCAAUAAACGGAGAGAAUCUUAUUCAGUAUUAGGGCCCUGCAGAAUCUGGAUGCAAAGGGGUGGGGAGGAAAUAGGUUGAGGACUUGUGUGUAGUCUCUGUUGGAAACGUCUUUCCUUGGGCUCACACGGAAGUGGCAAUCAGCUGUUGACCCAAAGUGUCAGAACUAGAUGGCUUAAGAAAGUACUUGUCUGACCAGGCUUGUUCCUAAACCAGGGAUAGACAACCUUGUCUCUUUUAUGACUCGUGGACUUCAACUCUCAGAAUUCCUGAGCCAGCACAGCUGGCUCAGGAAUUCUGGGAGUUGAAGUCCACGAGUCAUAAAAGAGACAAGGUUGCCUACUCCUGUCCUGAACCCUUCUUGUCCUCUGCAUCCAGAUUUCUCCACAGUUGGGAUCGUUGAGAAAUGAUUGAAAAGCGAAAAAAACCUGCACAUGUACAGAAGGAAGCUGAGAAGGUUUUCCCCUUCUCGCUUUGCACUACCUUAAAGCUACAGAGAUUUCUUUGAAGAAGGAAUAUUUGCCUUGUGAACACCUCUUCUUUUGGAAGCGUGUGUGAACUGGACCAGUGGGUUCGCACAGUCGUGGCGAGAGCUCUCCAAAAUAACCCCCUUUGCCUCCCAUUUCUUCUCAUAGUAGGCAAGGUGUUUAUUUGGUUUUCCUUUUUUUUUUUUUUUUUGCGACAGGACCAGGAUAAUUUAAAGUGGACCAGCCUGCCCUUCGAAAAACAAACAAAACAAAAUAUUCACGAAACAGUGUCUUACCGUGCUGUUUCUCAUGCCCCUCGGUUUCCUUUACCCAGUAGAUUAAUUUAAUUAAGGGUGCAUUUUUCAACCGUACCCCAAACAUGGCAGACAGAGGAGAGAAAUAUAUUAGCAGCUUCCACCAUUUUCAGCCGUUGUAAUGUAAUGCCUUUUAAACUAUUAUGGAUACACACUAAAUGUUAUUUUGCAUAAACAAAGCUUUUUAGAAACGCUUCUCCAUCCUUCCCUUCUGUGUUUUCAAAACAGGCUGUCUCUAAAGCAGUGUUUCUCAACCUUGACAAUUUUAAGGCAUUGCUGGCUGUGGAAUUCUGGGAGUUGAAGUCCACAUGCCUUAAAAUUGUCAAGGUUGAGAAACACUGUUAAAAGAUGUAACUUGCUUGUGCUGAGUUUUUUUUCUUCUUCUAAAAAGCACCUGGCUUUAUUUUAUUUUAUUUUAUUUUGGAAAUGACCGUUCUUUUUAUACUUUGUAGGGGUCACCGAAAUAAUAUCCGAAGAAGAAGGGGAAAAAAAGCACAGCAAGGCAGUCUUGGUCUCUUUUGCUUCCCUUUGUGUUUUGAAGCCUCGUUAUUUUUUUUUUUACACUAAACAAACAACCACAACCUGAUUUCCUUAACUUCGUUUUUAAAUGCUUGUCACUUCUUUUUUUUAAAAGCGUUAAUGCCUGUCUCACUAACUUGUCUUAAUUUGAGGGUGGAGUUGCCUUUUUCUUUUAGAGGAACUGUCUUUUAAACGUUGGGGGUAAUAAUUGAAAUUUUGGAAGACCUGGCGAGUCUGUGCCCAGUUUGGAAAGGAGAAGCAAAAAACUUGCUGUUACCUCAGUUUUUAAUAUGGAGACGCUGACAUUGUCUCUGUAUAUUAAAAGUAUUGGUGGGUAGCCCACCCCUAUUUUCAGGGGUUUUAUCAGCCGCCAGGGAAAGAGCUUUGGCCAGCAGAAAGCACCUCUAGGAUUUGGAGUGAAUUUUAUUUACUGUUUUAACUUUGGGGAGAGAGAAAUGAAAGAUCUGCAUGUCUGUUUUUAAAGUCACAGAUUCCGCAAAGAAUAGCAAUGAGUGGCUUUAUAUAUAUUCCUCUUUAUCCCGAAUAUAGCAAUACCAUUGGCUUUUAACAUAGAAUAUUGCAGGACAGUCCUUUUUGUUUUGAACUAGUGCCUUUUAAGUCUUUCUUUCUUUCUUUCUUUCUUUCUUUCUUUCUUUCUUUCUUUCUUUCUUUCUUUCUUUCUUUCUUUCUUUCUUUCUUUCUUUCCCAAAGGUGGGGGGGCGCAUCUUGUAAUUCUUUGGUGAAAAAUUUGGAAGCAAAUUUUAUGUGGGGACAGACCGGAGCAAAAACAUUACUUAGAAAAGAGAGUUGACCGUUGGUUUUGGGGGGCAUGGCGUCUUGAGAUCGGGAUCGGACCCUUGAAAAGGGGUUUGGGAGGUGAACAUCAGCAGUCAGAAAUUCUGCUUGCCGUGGGGCUGGGCCCAAAAGAUUUGGAGCAGUGAGGACAGGUGCAAACCACACCUCCACCUGGGCUGGGGUCUCUAGUAAGAAGUUGCAGAAGUUCAGUCCUGUUUGCAGGUACCGUAUUUUCCGGCGUAUUAGACGACUCGGCGUAUAAGACAACCCCCGACUUCGGAGCCGAUUUGCAUGCUUAGAAAGUCAUCUUAUACACCGGAAACUACCGUAAUUUCCGGGGUAUAAGAGGACUCGGCGUAUAAGACGACCCCCGACUUUGGAGCCGAUUUGCAUGCUUUGGAAAGUCGUCUUAUACGCCAGAAAAUACGGUAGCUGUAUGGGAGCUGUUAAUAUUUUAAGGCUGGUUUUUUUCCCCCAGUCUUCUAGUCGGAUGUGUUUCUGAGUGAUUCACUGUUUUAGGAACGAAGCAGUUGGCUAGCUUGUCUGGAUAGUUCUUUGCUUUGGGCUUCCCCUGGCCCUUUCAACUCCCAUUGUUCACUUUUGUCCUUAAGUGGAAUUCUCCGUCAGAGUGGCAGCGUAAAUAUUUCACAUUGUGUUAUUAUUCCCCGUCCUAGCUUUUAAAACCGUUGUUUUUCUCUCUCUCUCCUUCCCCAUCUCCUCUCACGCAAAAGCUGCCUGUUGCCUAAAUCAUGUUGGUUAUAUUCUCAGUUGCAUUUGGUUGAUCAAAAUAAUCCCAGAAGGGAAAAUUCAAUUAAAUCAAUUAUAUGUUUGUGCUGGCAUGUUGCAUCGGCCUAGCCCUGGGCUAGCCGUUCUGGUUAACAGUAGGAAGAAAAGUGGAGGACAGGACCCAAAAAAAUAUGCCUGGAAACAUAUAUUCCCCCCCCCCCCAUUUGCAGUGAAAACACAGGAAACAUUCUUGAACUUUUAGAGAAAGAUCUUUUUUCUUCAGAGUUGGUUUAUCAAUUGUAGCUCCAUCCUCCCAAACGUUUCGUUGCGGAAUUAGACAGGCCCGUGUUGGUGGCAUGUUAUCUGAACCCAAGCUCCCAGGUGCUGGCUGUUAAGGUCCCUUCAUUUUGAAAAUCAUGACAUGCUAAAUUCUCACAGCCGCAUAGAACCGUGCAAAGAUCCUCAAUUUUUCCCAUCCUUUCUGAGCUCCUCGGAGUAGACUGCUCCCGAUUCCUCUGCUGUUUUGGUAAAAGCCUUGCUUGCUACAUCAACAGAAAGAAUUUGUGAUGUCGGGCAAGUUAAUUGCAAAGUGUCUUCCCGAAUCUUCGUCCCAUCAUCGUCAUCCCUGCCCUGUUGUUGCUGGUCACUGGAGGUGAUGUAGCGUCAUGCACUUGGGACAUUGUCUGCAGUGGCUUUCUCUUUUUCUGAAAUUGCAAAUAAAACUAGGGGAGGAGGGGAGUGGAUCAAUGGAUAGCUUGAACUCAAAAUCAGAAGGAGAAGUAACACAAUUCACAAGAUACUCCUUUUAAAUCUUUGGCUGCUAGAAAGACAGGGCUGGGAAUAUUGGCGAGUCAUUUCUUUAGUUGAUGUUUUUGAGGUGGGUUGUCCUUUCAAUGCCAGCUCGUGUGCAGUGUUGCCAAGGCUAUCAACAUUUAUUUUCUAGUCCAGAUCACUUGUUUUACAUCCUGGGUAGAUAGGUAUAACUAAAGCAGAAGCUCCAAAUUGCAUUACUCAGCGGAUCACGCACAAUGGCACCACAAGGAGCUAGUUGUGAAGUUUGGGAUACAGUAAUUGCAAGGAAUUAUUCAUAAGCUGUUCCUCCAAACCCCCCCCCCCCCAACAUCCUGGUAGUUAAAGUAAUUUAGCAAAAAUGACUUUUUCCCCCCUUUCCUUUGCCUUCACCUACUCAGAAAUCCCAGUAAGCUUUUAUCUAGAGCAGGGCUCUCAAAACUUAGCCACUUUAAGACUUGCGGACUUCAAUUCCCAGAAUUCCCUAGCUAGCCAGAUUUGGAGACCCCCUGAUCUGGAGCACAACUGGGAGCAGAAGAAGAAGAAUUCUCGUAAAGUAUAAAAGUGAGAGUGCAGGUCUUACUUCAGAGUCACUCACCAAUGGGUACCAUGCCGGCGUGCCAUGGUACCCAUUGAAAACUAGGAAAGUGGCAAAAACUAGCAAAAAUCUGUAUGGUUGUGCUGAACUAAUACCGAACUUCAGACGUGUGCUGUUAAUUAAAGGCUGAGAAAUUCAAGUCGAGGUAUUUAAGGCUCGGUAUUCAAGUCUAGUCCAAUUAAAACGUUGCAUACAGUGAAAUUCCAGUUGUUACGUCCUUUGGAAGUGAUUUGAUUUUUUUUUUUUUUUUUUUUUUUUUGCAAAUCCCGGUACGGGGGGUCAUUCCUUUUUUCCCUUCUCCUUACUACUGAGAGCAUGCGUCGUGAAAUAAUUUUGCACAGUCGUGUGACGCGCUUUGAUUAGGAGAUCAUAAAUAAAUAUAAUAAAUAUCUAUGAAGAUGCACCUAUGCAAGCAAAGUGUUCUUUUCCAGGAACGAAAUAGGAAAAUAGUUGCUCCUUUCUUUCACUGGGGAUUUUGGCCUUCUGAAAACUCACUUUGGACUUCAAAAUUUCUUUGCCCAUUUGAUCAGGAUUGUGAUUAGUGAGCCUGUGGUAUUAGGGAAACGGAACCAGCUGAGUAGAGGCUUAACCUGUCACCCAGGUGUGACAUGCUGCUAGGAUAGAUCUUUUUUCCCUUCCAUAAAAUUAUAAUUAUUGCAGAAUUUUCCCCACAGAGCUUUUUGCAGCUGCUUUAAAGAAUUGAAUGGCUCUUGAAAGAACAUUUCAGAUGUUGGAGCUCCUUCAGAGGCAAUGCGUUUGUUUAGUUUCUCUUUCAUUUCGGCCUUAACUUGGAAGUCUGGCUGGAGGUGAGGAAGCAAGAGAAUAGGAUAAUCUGGUUGGUCCAGUCUACUUUCUUCAUUGUGUCUUCUUUAAACAAAGACUGCUUCCCUUUGUGAAUUUUGAGGACUUGGUUCCAAAGAGAUGUUGGCGGGUGGAUGCCCGAGCCAGGCAACCAGAAUAAGAAUGAUAAUUUAAGUUGGAACCCCUGGAUUAAGUCGUUUCUGGAUUUAAACUGUUGAUUGGAAACCGAUUUGGGAGCCUAGAACAGGGGUAGGCAACCUUGGCUCUUUUAUGACUCAUGGACUUCAACUCCCAGAAUUCCUGAGCCAGCCAUGCUGAGAAGAAAUUGAGAGAUUUCCAUGCUGAGCCAGGCUGGCUCAGGAAUUCUGGGAGUUGAAGUCCACGAGUCAUAAAAGCCAAGGUUGCCUACCCCUGGCCUUAGAAAGUUGUGUUUAAUUUUGGGGGACUAUUUACAGGACAGUUCAUACAACAGGUGGUUUAGGAUCUGAUUUUCCAGGUGCAUUUAAGGAUUGCUUGCGGUUUGAGGCGACUGCUUUUAAACCCACCCCCCUGCUCCCAAGGGUGCAAAUCGUUUCGUGGCUUGUACACAAGCAGGGAACGUGAUCUAGGACCACGAUUUGAACUCGUUCACUUCUGUAAACAAAGGGCACAAUCUAGCCAAAGGUUAAGGCUCCUUCAGACAGUUUUGGAGUCUCGCCAAAACUGAGAGGGCUUAUAAAAUUGUCCAAAGGUCGUCUUCUAGAAUUGACCAGACUUAAUUGAAACGCAUCCCGAAGCACCGUUGCUAUUUUCUCUCCCCGCAGCUUUAACCGCCACCGUGCGAUUGAGGGACUUUGCCAUUAUUAUUCCCCGCGGACGUUUCACGUCUUUGUGACUGUGUCCUCACAUCGGUGUCCUUCUCCCCUAUCCCAUCCCACCUGGUUUUUUGUUUUUUUUUAAGGGCAGAUAAAAUUACUGCUGUAGGAGGAUGACCAGGUGUUGGAAGAGCAACAAGAUCCUUAGGACCUAUGCCUUUCAGCGUCCCACCCAUGACCACGUUUAGCUCUCCGUGCCUGCCAGAAAUCGAUCUCGUCCCACGGGAUGGGGAAACACGGCCCUCAGCAGUUGAUACUUCUUUCACGUGCCUCCUAGAGCGAGGUAGUUUCAGGAAAAAUGCUGCAGACUUCAAGUAACCCCAAGGCCUCUUGCUUCCCUGUUAAAAAGAAUCUGUGUUUCAUCCGGGCGGCUAACAUAAUGGCUGAAAAUAAAGCCAACCACUUGAAAGACGUCUUCAAUUCCUUCUGAUUGCCACACCUCUUUUUGCAGCUCUCUUUUUUUUCCCCAGCCUGAAAAUAAUAAUAGUAAUAAUAAUAGAAGAGCUGCUUGAAUGAACCACAGAGAUGCUACCCUCUCACGUCUGCAGCAAUUCCACCGAAUUAUUAUUUUUUUAAGUGCACAGCCUUCGUGCCUUCUUGUCAGACACCGAAGCCACUCCAAACUUGGUGCCUUCUGCGUGGAUUGGACCACCCUUCCCAUCACUCCCAGUGAAAACAACAACAGCGCACCCAGUUAGGAAGAUGCUCAAGGAUAUUUUUUUUUCCCUUGUGGUCAAAGCUGCUCCAUUACUGGGCACGGUGGAGAGGAACUGAGAUUGCUGGAUUUGAGUCGUGUUCCUCGGCUUCACAUUCAAGCCUGAGUGGAAAUGUCUGUUUUGCUUGUUAAUGGCUGUUUUAUUAUUAUUAUUAUUAUUAUUAUUAUUUUGUUGGUUUUGGGUUUUGACACCAGUUUGAUCCGUGGCGGAGUUUGCCUCUGGGCCUUGGGAAGGCAUAAAUCUUGGCUACUUUGCGUGUCCUGUUGCAUUGUAGAGAAGGGGUGAAGGCGAUUGUCACAUGGCGAAAAUGUGCUUGCAGUGGGGUUCCUCGUGGACAGCGAAGGGGUUCAGUACUUUUUGUCCCCCCCCCUUCCCAAACUCAGGAAUGUUUUUAAGGCAGCGAAGCCCACCUCCCUUUUCUGCGAAACCAAUUCGCGGAUUCUCGUUAGCAAAUACAGUACUACGGCAGCAAUUGUAGGUAUCUUAAUAGCAUGAAGAGGCCUUAGUGCGUUGUUUUUAAGUGCAGAUUUCUUUGGUUUGAAGACAUUAAAGAGAAAAAAAUAAGAUGGGGAAAAAUAUAUAUGCUAUAUAAAUAUAUAGAGAUAUCUAGAAACUUGGUGUUUCGACAUCCAGGUUUUUUUCAGUGUUGGAUCACUAACCCUCACAGGUACCGUGUGUGUAACCAUCCUGCAACCCCACCCCCCAGCUUUCCUUUGUAUGCAUAUUGAUAUGAGCUAUGUUGCCAUGAAAGUUAAGAUUUUAAAACAGAGGAAAAACUUUUAGCAUUGUUUCUUGGGGUGGGGGUGUUGAAUGAGCUUUUAUUUUUAUUUAAUAUUACCAGUUUCAGUACUAUUAUUUUUUAAUACUCCAUGGAUCUUAAUAGGGGAUUAAAACAUGUACAUAUAUUAAGCAGAAAUUGUCUUUUAUCAGCAGUGUUGUUGGAAACCAACCAGCUGAAAGCUGAGUCACACCACCCAGUGUCUCAUAAUUCUGAAUCCCUUCCAUCCUUUCUGUGCCACUGUUACUUAUAUGAAGACGUUUGGAUCAUCCUUGGCCAUCCCGUUCCUUUUUUUUGUAUCCGGUGCCACGUGCUUGAAUUUUAUUCUUUGUACACAUCCAACCAUCCUGAGUAUGUUUGUAACCAACAUUGUGAUAUUCUGUAAUUGUAUUGCUAAAAAUGAACUAUUGACUUAAUAAAUAUAGUGUUCCUGCA